CAGAGACUGCAGACAUAGUACAGGAGAUGACCAGAGACUGCGGACAACAGUACAGGGAUGACCAGAGACUGCGGACACAGUACAGGGAUGACCAGAGACUGCGGACAGUACAGGAGAUGACCAGAGACUGCGGACACAGUACAGGGAUGACCAGAGACUGCGGACACAGUACAGGGAUGACCAGAGACUGCGGACAGUACAGGAGAUGACCAGAGACUGCGGACAGUACAGGAGAUGACCAGAGACUGCGGACAGUACAGGGAUGACCAGAGACUGCGGACAGUACAGGGAUGACCAGAGACUGCG